AUGCAUUCAAAAGGUGUCAUCAUUUACAUUAUCACUGGACUUCUCAUCCAACGUUCCGCUACUGCCAUUUGGGAUGAGUUGAAGCACCGUCUAGAGGCAAAAUCAACUGUGGAUCUAGCAGACGAGUUGGAAGAACUGAAUGCACAACUUUGGAAUCCUCAGACAGGUCCUUCAGAUCGGCCCGAUCACUGGAUUUUCCGACAUUAUCUCCUUCCACAAUUCAACUAUGAUGCACUAGUCACCGCAAAACGGGCUUUUGAUGAGAACUUUUUGUGGAGUAGUAUCAGCCUUCUCUCCCUUCCACAAUACAAUGUAUCUUUCCUCCUCCUAGGUGGUUCUUGGUCUAGACACAAUGACCCACCUUAUCCUCGUGAAGACGGAAUUGUCCAACUCUGCAAAUUCAUGCUCUCUCCUUCGGGUCAGUUGACAUUCACACCCCCUUGUCAGGACUUAUCAGAAGGACUCAAUAAUACCUCAUACCUUGGUGCAACAUCGGUUUCACUUCAGAUCAGUCAAAAUAUGGGUCUAGUGGCUUACUGCGAUCCCUUGUGGAGGGAUGAAAGCCACUUUCCCGCGGGUCGAUGUUACCUGCAGCUUCUGCACAACGAGAAUAUCCGACCACGGCACGAGCUGGCAUCAUUUUGUCGUACGGGUGGAAAAGUGACAGAACCCUGCAUGACAGGCUUCAGUGUGGAUUUGAUGUCGAAAAGUCGAGUGAAUUCUGGCUUCCUCGAAUUUCUCAAAGGCAUUCAUGUCAUUGUCGGUCAGCCAUUGGCCAUUGGAUACGGUCGGGUGCAAAUUUUAGCCGAUCCCUUCUACUAUCCACGAACUUUUACUGUCUACCGCCCCAGCGGCCUCGAAAUUACAUUGCCUGAAAGCUAUUUCGGAUAUUCAGUGGCAGGAGAAUAUGUGUCGGUUGUCGGUGAUGGUUUUAGACAAAUGCAAGAAACAUCGAAUGCAUCAGAGCUGAUACAGGUGUUUAAGGUAGGCGACCUUCAGAGUAUACGCACAGCUGGAGGUGUGGAAUUUGACUGGCAAGGCCGUGUUGACAAAACAGGGUCAUUCUCGGGCUUUGGGACAUCAAUGAUACGCUUAAAAAAUGUUGAUGGACAGGACAUCAUAGUUGUGGGCUCUCCUUACGCUCCAAAAGGCGGUAGGGUGUACGCCUACUGCAUUCCAACCAAUCUUGCAGUUGAUAAUAGCAAGAGACAGGCAGUGCCAACCGACACUUAUCGAGACUUUGUUUCUGCACCCGCUGGAUCUGGUGCCUUUGGUUAUUCUCUAGCGGCUCUCGGAGAUAUUAACGGUGAUGGUCAGGAAGAUAUUGCUGUUGGUGCUCCACAACUACGAAAUGAGUCAAAAAGUGGACUUGUUUUUAUCCUCAGUAUUCUCAACAACUGCACAUUCGAUAGGAGACCUAUUCAAGUUAUCUCAGGUCCCGAGAAGGCGGCGUAUUUUGGUUCCAUUUUGCCAAGAAAAGGCAUAGACCUCGACUUUAAUGGCUGGUCGGAUUUUGCCCUGCCUGUUCCCUACUGUUCAUCAUGCAUGCCAAUGGUGUAUACCUCUCGAUCACAUUAUCAAGCUGCCUGUCGAUUUUAUCAGCCAAAUUGGCUAGGUAGUGUCCGUAUUCGACGCAAUGCACGCAUACCGAUAAGGCUGAAAGUAAGACUGAUACCCUCAGGCAAGAAUAACAGAAACAGUUUUGAACAGAUACUACAGGCAGCAAAUGUAAAAGUUCAGGAUCUUGUCCAUCAAGUAAUUCCCGACCUGUGGGCCAAAGAGGCUGGUGAGCAAAGAGUUAGACUAAGCACGUUCCACAGUGUGAAGAUGAACGCCUAUUACGAUAUGCUUUCGCUGAAAUUCGAUCUGUUGCCACAGAUGGAUGUGGAGGAUAUGCCAAGUCUGGAACAGCCAGAUGGAGGGAUUCGUGUGCAAUACAGGUUCAACAUCCCCUGUCCAGACGGAGCGAAGGCAGCAGGAGACACGAAAACCUGUCUUGGUGGUGCAUGGGUGCAUAGGCCUAUAAUAGAUUGGUCAGCAUGCAACUUUCAACUGCGGUUAACGAAAUACGUUUGCUUACCGCAAGGAAGAUGUGAGAGCGAUGUAUCACUCCUCGUGACCGACGAAGAAUCUGCCAAGUUUGCAAAUUUCAUACAUUCCAACCCAAGCGGAGAAACUCUUUUAAUUUACGGUGACAAGGAAAGAGCAAUGAAUGCAUUAAUAAUUAACAUUUACAACCACGGACCAACUUUUGCGGGCGGUGUCUGGAUAAACAUGGCAUUUUUCGGUAACCUGCGAUUCUCUGCAUUUGAAGUGGCUCGAAGAAGCGACGACAAUGGAAGCCUUGAAUUCAAACCCGCUAUUUGUUCACAUCCUCUUUAUAACGACACAUGGGUUGCCUGUAAUUUGGGUCGUCUUGAUUUCAGUCAGGGAAAUGUAUCCUCACCUGUUCAGAGAAUUCGAUUAACCUCCUUUUAUGCGGCCAAUAGUGGAACGGUAAAUAAGGAUUUCUCCCUUCCCUCUUUUGUGAAUAUUUCCAUUUCAUCGCAAACAUAUGAUCCCCAACCCCAGAAUAACCACGUAAUUUGGCAAUAUAAGUUACUUCAUGCGCCGAAGUACCUUAUUACACCUGCGGGUCAUGCACCAUCAAGUGUGUUGGACAAUCGGACGAGACCCACCUCCUGGGGUCCGGGCUUCCAUCAACGAAUUCGAGUGGAAGAAAUGGGUCCUCAGAUACGACACAUUUUCCAGGUGGAACACAUGGGACCCGCAAAAAGUGUGGAAAAUGUGACGAUUCGACUGCGGGUGCCUGUGAGAAUGGCUAACAGAGCCAAACCAUUGGUUUAUUUAUUUAAUGAAGUGCGAGCUCCUUCACCUAACGGUAUUGACAUGGAAUGGGUAUCACUUCGACCUGUUGUUAAGCAGAUUGGCGCCUCCGUAAACGAUGUCGAUGGAGUGACUAGCUGCUGGUACAAUGACGAGUCGCUAAUCAAUCCAAAUGGGUGGAUUGGAAUUGAUAUGUCAAGUAUUGAGACGAAACGGGUCCGACGAGAUGCGCCCACUCCGUUCGACUCGAAUAGCACAGAGCUGAUGCAGUGGCAUUACAAUAGUAGUGAUACUCUUGGACAAGCAGCUGGACGAUUUGGCAAUGAAGAACGUCCGCAGAAAGUUUCAUUCCGGCGAGUGCCCAAAGAGGUUAUUCAAUGUGGGCGCGUGGGGCAAAAGUUUGGGAAACCACUGUGUCUCGAGAUAAUCUGUCACUUGAGGCAACUGAAGAAGAAGCAUCCAGUUCAGAUCAGUGUAACGGGCUGGCUAUAUGCUCCAACCUUCUUUCAGUAUUCCACUUCCGACAUUGAGAUUGUUACAAGUCUGACUGUGGAUCAGGGAGCCGUGCCCAAGGGAGUUUUGAGAUCUCCGGAACCUGUUGGUAGCUUCAAUAUGCCACAAAUAUUCUACUUCACAAAAAUUAAACCCACAAUUUUUUACAAAAUUCCCAUUUGGCCAAUUGUGGUUGGUCUAGUCCUGGGAAUUUUGCUGCUAACCCUCCUAAUCCUCAUUCUCUACCGGUUCGGGUUCUUUCGACGUCGGAAGCACAAACUUGCGGUGUCUGGACGAAGACGAUGGCACGAAACUUUGGCGGAAGAGAUUAGUAAACGGGGUACUGAUGAGGUGGAUCGUGGUGGAAGUGAUUUGGACACUUUUAGCAGCAUUCGCUACGCUGAAGAGGCACGGAAACGUCGAUUGAAGCUACGGAAACACCCUGAGGAAGUGAGUAUUCUCCAUCCUGACGAAAUUCCGAAGGAUAAUGAGGGGGAAGGGCAGGAUAACCCAACCGCCUUGUUCGAACACGCCUCGACGACAAAUGAUCCCGAUACAGUCACCGCCACCAGUACCACCACGGAAGCUCCUACCACUACUGCCGUCAAACCCACCAUCACCGGAAGUAGCAGUAUCACUACGGUGGGAGACUGA